UAUGUCGUCGCUUUCCACGAUCAGAUAACAGAAUCCUGAGUUCCAUGGGACCGGCCCAUGACCGCCAUUUUACCUCUUCCCAGUCCCUCAUGUCAGUAUUCAACGCUUCUCGUCUUCAAAACAAGACUGUUGUCGUUACCGGUGCUACUUCUGGUAUAGGCGCAGCUGCGGCAGUCCUUUUUGCUAAGGCAGGAUCUAAUGUGGUCCUUGCCGCCCGUAGGGCUGAGAUACUGAAAAAAGUGGCUGAACAAUGCACAGUUGCCCAUAAAGAAUCUGGUUUGAGUGCUGGAGGAAAAUUCUUCACCCUACAACUUGACGUCUCUGAUAAGUCUCAAGUCGCCUCAUUCUGGGAUAAGAUACCGCACGAUUUGAGAGAUGUCGAUAUUCUCGUCAACAACGCUGGGUUCGUGUUGGGUGUCGAGCAUGCCGGAGAUAUCAAGGAUGAGGAUAUCGAGGCAAUGUUUGACACCAAUGUUCUCGGACUCAUAUCGGUGAGCCAACUUUUUGUGAGGCACUUCAAAUCCCGCGGAUCCGGCCACCUGAUCAAUAUUGGAAGUAUUGCUGGUCGUGAGCCUUACGCGGCAGGCAGUAUCUAUACUGCCACUAAGCACGCAGUACAUGCCUUCACCGCAUCAGUCAUGAGGGAGUUGGUGAACACCAAAAUCAGAGUCACCGAAAUCCAGCCUGGAAUGGUGGAAACAGAGUUCUCGAUCAUCCGAUUCCGCGGAGAUGUUGCUGCUGCAAAGAAGGUCUAUGAAGGCCUUGAACCCUUAACAGGACAUGACGUCGCAGAGGAGGUCGUGUGGGCUGCAUCCAGACCAGACCACGUACAGGUCGCUGAAGUUUUGGUUAUGCCAGUCAAUCAAGCAAGCGCUACCGUCAACUACAGAGCGCCUUCCAAGAUUUGAAUCAAGAAUAUAAAUAAAGGCAAUAAGAAACUGUAUACGUAGUGUAUACGAAACAUUCGUCUCCCCACCAGCACUAAAUUC